AUAAAUACAUUUGAUUUGAUUACUAUUGGGACCAUCUUUGCCUAAACCCUAAACUAACACUAAUCUUAACCAAUUUACAUUUAUACUUUAUAGAGGUGUGGACAUCCCAAUGAUCCCGAAUAGCACAGACCCUCUGGGAAGGUCUAUGAACUGCUCUAUUCGAAUGAAAGGACAUCCCAAGUUGUCUGAUGUGGAACUGGACAACGCUAGCCCGUUCCCCUGCACCCUCCCGGAGUCCCCGUGUCAAACGCCUCCUAGUUCCGCUUUACUGCGGGGUCUGGUCGACUGCAGGAAAACACCGGGGCAGAGUGGAACUGAGACAGGAGAAAAGAAAGAAGAUGGAGAAUUGAUUUCAUUAAGUAAGAACCAUGGGGACAGCCCGAACCGUUGCUCUCUCAGUGGGAGGGGCUUAUCAUCUGGGGAGCCUCGACAACAUCAUGAUGCUGACAAGAAAGAGAAGAGUCUCUCCAGGCCAGAACACCUCAAGAAACACCAGCAGAGACUUACAGGGAAGAAACCUCACCACUGCUGCUUUGACUGUGGGAAGAGUUCUGCUAAACAGAGGGAAUUGGUCAUUUACAAGCAGAUUCACACUGGGAGGAAAAUGUACCGCUGCUCUCAGUGUGGGAAGAGUUUUGCUGCAUCUAAAACCUUACAAUCUCAGAGAAUUCAUACAGGGGAGAGGCCUUACCCCUGCUUUGAUUGUGGGAAGAGCUUCAGUCAAUCAGGAGCCCUGACUACACACCAACGCAUACACACAGGAGAGAAGCCUUAUAGCUGUGUUCAGUGUGGGAAGAGCUUUGCUCUAUCCGGAAACCUGAGUACGCACCAGCGUGUACACACAGGAGAGAAGCCUUAUAGCUGUGAUCAGUGUGGGAAAAGCUUCAACCAAUCAGGAAACCUGACUACGCACCAGCGUGUACACACAAGAGAGAAGCCUUAUAGCUGUGAUCACUGUGGGAAGAGCUUUGCUCUAUCCGGGAACCUGACUAGACACCAGCGCAUACACACAGGAGAGAAGCCUUAUAGCUGUGAUCAGUGUGGGAAGAGUUUCAAUCAAUCAGGAGAACUGACUAGACACCAACGCAUACACACAGGAGAGAAGCCUUAUAGAUGUGAUCAGUGUUGGAAGAGCUUUGCUCUGUCUGAAGACCUGACUAGACACCAGCGCAUACACACAGGAGAGAAGCCUUAUAGCUGUGAACAGUGUGGGAAGAGCUUCAUGGAUUCUGGUAGUCUGACUAGACACCAGCGCAUACACACAGGAACAAAGCCUUAUAGCUGUGAUCAGUGUGGUAAGAGCUUCAUGGAUUCUGGUAGUCUGACUAGACACCAGCGCAUACACACAGGAGCAAAGCCUUAUAGCUGUGAUCAAUGCGGGAAGAGUUUUGCUCAAUAUUCCACUCUGACUGCACACCAACGCAUACACACAGGAGAGAAGCCUUAUAUCUGUGAUCAGUGUGGGAAGAGCUUCAAUCGUUCAGGAGCCCUGACUACACACCAGCGCAUACACACAGGAGAGAAGCCUUAUAGCUGUGAUCAGUGUGGGAAGAGCUUCAAUCAUUCAGGAGCCCUGACUAGACACCAGCUCACACACACUGGAGAGAAACCUUACUCUUGUCUAUGUGGAAAGAGCUUUGCUCGUUCAGGGUCACUGAAACAACACCAGAAAGCAUCUCCCUCCUACAGCACCGGUUACAGAUCUCUAAAUGAAGUUACAAUAGAAAACAUCUUGUAAAGAGUCAUCCAUCUCCCAUUCGCUAACAGUUUACUAAGUCUUAUUUCCAUGGUAACAUGUGUAGAUAAUAUGCAGCUCUGGGUCUAUAUGUAUCAAGCGUCUUGGAGUAGGAGUUCUGUGUGUGGUGGGGUGGUGGGGGUGGGGGGUUCAGAGCU